AUGAGCACGAGGAACAGUAAAGCAUGUGACCCAGACGACAUCUAUAGCGAGCACCUGAAAACUGCGUUCCCUGUACUAGCGAUUCCCCUCACAGCACUCCUGAAUGAGUGCCUGAAACGAGAAAUUGUACCAGAUCAGUGGAAACAUUCAAACGUGACAAUACUGAGCAUGGGAAAAGGUAACAAGGCUGGCACAAACUCGUAUAGAAGCAUUGUACUACGGAACACUCUUUUCAAGACCUUUACAACACUACUGUGCAAGCGUCUUAGAGAUAUCAUCGAUGAGAAACUCCCGGAUUCACAGUUUGGUUUCAGAUGUGGAAGAUCAACGGCACAAGCUGUACACUGUCUCCAAACCUAUAUAGAAAUGGCCCUAGUGAACCGAUGGGGAAAGCUUCAUGCAAUUUUCGUAGACUUCAGCAAGUCGUUCGACACAAUCAGUAGAUCCAUUCCAGUGAAGAAACUGGAAACCUCCUUAGUUCCAAGACAUUACCUGUUGCCAGUCGUUAGAGACCUCCAUUUCUUUUUUACGGACUGUUGA